AUGGCUGAUGUGAACUACUGUUGUAACCACAAGCUCAUAGGAUCCACUGAACAGGCUGGCCCAAUAACCAAAGUGACAGUAUGCAAGGACAAAGAUGGCAAACCCAAGACUUUUGGAUUUGUGUGCUUUAAACAUACGGAGUCAGUGCCUUAUGCCAUAGCUUUGCUGAACGGGAUCCGUUUAUAUGGAAGGCCAAUUAAAGUGCAGUACCGCACUGGGAGUUCCCACUGUCCAGAGUUAAGCAAUCAUUGCCAGAAUGUGGAAAGCAAUGCUGAUAUACAGGCACCAACAUACAGGAGUCCAGAACUUUAUGGUACUCCUCAGUUACUGGUUAGUCCUUUUCAGAUUAACAAUAGUCCACCUCAGGGAUAUUCUGCUUUUCAAAACAUGAGGACUUAUUUCUUAGCGCAGCAAUGUAUACCAUAUAAUCCAAUGGAACAAGUGUUUCCUUACUACCAGAUGACACCACCUCCUCCACAGUUUUCAAGUUUUCCCGUUUCACCUUACUCAAAUUCUGGCCAAACCUCUUUUGAACAUGUGUACCCUGAACCAAAGAAUCACAUGCUGCAUCUAAUGAAUGAAGACAAAAUGCAGAGACAGCAUGAAACUAGUGAGUGA